AUGGUGAACCUGAAUGCCGUCAGUUCAUUGCUCUUCGGCUCAUUCUUCACUUUUCUGGCAAUCGGGAUAGUCUUGGGAUGGAUGAUCUAUGUUAUUACCCGUCACGGAUACAUCACUUUUACCCAAUCAGCGUUUGUUGGAAUACUAGUCGGUCUGAUGAUUCCAACUGCUAUGCACUCGGCCAACUAUGGUAGGAUUAUCAUAUCUAUAAAGAAUGAUGCUGACGUCAACGAAACAAUCAAACUGGAAGAUGUCAGCGCAUGGGACAAAGUUUCUCUGAUUUGCGAUAGCGCAGUGGAUGCUUUUCAAUUAAUCUAUCUACUACGUAAGCGAGUCACCAAUAAGGUCCUCCCAGUCGUUCCAUUUUCAGACUUGCUCGCACUGAAUUUCUAUCCCGAUGACUUGCGUCAGAGGCGCAUCUGCUCUUACCUGUGUCAGUCAAUUAUGAGCGUUCUCGGUGUUGGUUGGGUCGCAUUCAACGUAAUAAUGAUUUUCUUCAAACACCCCCUCUUCUUCCAAUAUUCUACCGCUGUAUUCGUCUCUGUGAAGCUAGUGGUACAGUUUUCAAUUUGUAUCAGCCUUGUAUGUAUCAAAGUAUUUUUUUAGGGUUUCAGCUGUUACUGCAUCGUCUACCAACUGGUUAAGAAGAUUUUCCCCGAUUCUAAGAAGGUAAAUUAUUACUCUCCUGAAAUCUGAAGCACAUGUCACAUUUUUCAGCUUCUAAAGUUCCCAAUCAGAGCAAGAAUCUUUGUUGCUAUAGUCCUGAUCUGGCGUCUCUGCGCGCACGUUUUUCCGCUCAUCAUCGAAUUCUUCAUCGAUAGAACCAUUGAGAGCCAGGAAAUCGUUUUCAAUAUGGCAACAAAACUGAUCUAUUUGAGUGAAGGAGCUCUCAUCGUGCAGAUUUACGUGAUUUACGGCAACCUACUCUUCCGUCGUCGACCAUCUUCAAGAAUCAAUCCACAAGCUGAACGCCAAUCGGUCUCACUGGGUUUGGAUGUGAUCGAGACCCCACGUGUGUUACACAGAUCAAACGAAAACAGACGUAAUUCGGAUAUCAUCCCCUCGGUAUUUGAAAUCAACAAUUCUGAAAUGCCGAUCAAUACACCGGUAUCAGAGUAA